AGUUGCGCUUAAAAGUCCACACAUACACACACCCACACAUAUACACAUUCUUCGCCGCCAACAAAGACCAGUUAACGCUCUUGUUAAAACCUAAAAAAAAUGUUGUGUGUCGUCUACGGUUGGAAACAAGAUAAAACGCGUGCCAGCGAACUAGCUAGUUAGGUAGUGUACUACCUUAAUAAAUUACCAAAGCUGGGUGCGCGGAGAAGUGAGAAAUGUGCUUGCACUUCGUCAACUUUUUUUUUGGAUGGUUUUUAUUAGUUUUAUAAGACUGGUUCAUUGUUUUAAGUGCACAUUAGUAUCUGACACAAUUUAUUUUUCACUUAAAAUUAAAAAAAAUAAAUUUUUGAAAUAAAACUGUGCUGAUUUAAUUAUUACUCACAUAGGGGUAAAAAUAUGACUCAGAGUUGUAAUAUAUACAGUGUGUAGUGAUUAAUUAAAUCAAGUGUAAGUUUAGUGUGCGUAUUAAAUAUUUUAUUAUCUUAAAAUUCGCUUCUCACCUUGUUUGCAGCGUGAGCAAGCGAGAUUCGUGCGGGUCCGUGAGCGUUCGGGUGGCGCUUUCCGCGGAAAAGGAUUUCCUCCCCCGUUUGGCUGGAGCGAGCGCGCGCCUCGACGCCGAGCGCCGCGUCAGUAGCGACCCGGUUGGUUACGUGUGUGGGGGGUGGCUUUUUGCGUUCCGGCAGAGACACGCGCGCGCGUCACCAGCUAUUUCUCGCGGCACUCGAAAUUCGCGAAAACUUCUCAAAGUUUUCCCAGUGAAUUAAAUUAAACAAGACGAAAAUAUUUACGAAAUAUUUUACGAAAAUAUUUACGAAAUAAACUUGGUGCUUGGAUGUAAAUCAUAGAAAUCAUGAUAUCACAAUACGUACUAUUUAAUAAAUUUAAAUUUAAUGUUACGAGUGUGGGAUUUCAUGUAUAAAAUCAAAAUAGUGUUGCUUGUGUGCUAAAAGCUGUGCGAAUUGAUUGAAUUGUGUGUUGAAUAAUAUACCCUGGUAAAAAGCAGACAGCUGCAUGAAUGCAUUAAUGGAUUAACCAAGUUUCCUGAAUUGUAACGAUGAUGAAAAUGUUUAAAAUGUGUGAAAUGCGUGGUGUUUGUGGCGUGAUUUGCGUGCUCGCGGCAUUUUUGAGCUAUCAUUGUGUUGACGCACAACUGACUGUCAGUCCUGACGAGGAAGAUUUACCUACAGUGGGAUUUUCAUCAGUCGACGCAGUCCUGGGUCGAAGUGCAACGUUGCCAUGCGACAUCGAACCUGACGUACGAGAAGACCGUGUCUACAUGGUCCUCUGGUACAGAGAUGGCGCUCUUGAAAGCAAACCAAUAUACAGUUUUGAUGUUCGUGGCCGCGCAUUCAACAAAGCACGACAAUGGUCGGAUGAAAAAGCGUUUGGACCACGAGCUUAUUUCGUCACGGUGGCAAAGCCAGCUGCUUUGACGCUAGAUGGCGUUCAGCUUGACGAUGAGGGCAUCUAUCGGUGUCGCGUCGACUUUAAGACUUCCCCGACUAGAAACUUUGCAAUUAAUUUAACCGUAAUUGUUCCACCACAUGCUGUCAUCUUGUAUCACUCUGGACGGGAGGUUUCUGGUGAUGGGGUGAUUGGGCCUCUGCAGGAAAAUACGGAUUUGGCUUUGGAUUGUGAAGUUCGUGGAGGUCGACCCGCUCCGACGGUUUCGUGGUUUGUCAACGACAGAUUGGUCGAGGGGAAACUGUCAUAUCCUAAAAACAACGUAAUUAUAAAUCGGUUAGAGACUAGAUCUUUAUCCAGGGAAGAUUUAAACUCGUCGUUCAAAUGUCAAGCGAGUAAUACGAAAUUAAUGAUGCCGGCUGAGAAGACUGUACGGUUGGAACUUUUAUUGGCUCCACAAAAUGUAACAAUCACACAUAAACCUCACCAAAUGGUAGCUGAUCAAGAAUACCUCGUCGAGUGUGAAGUGGUUGGUUCAAGGCCGAAGGCAAACAUUAUUUGGACAAGGGAUAAUCGGCAGUUUCGCCGUGGAAAGGUUAUUGAAUCUGAAAAUGACACGCUGGUAACCAGCUCAGUGACGUUCGCACCUGUCCCGGAAGAUGACGGCACGUUUCUCAAGUGUCGAGGUGAAAAUCCCAGCUUGAAGGGUGCCGGAUUAGAAGACUCCUUUAAACUCAACGUUGUGUACGCGCCGCAAGUGACGCUCCACUUGGGCAGCACGCUCAAUCCGGAGGACAUCAAAGAGGGCGACGACGUGUACUUUGAGUGCAACAUCAGGAGCAACCCCCGACAGCACAAGAUCACUUGGUUUCAUAAUGGCGAGUUGGUGACGCAGAACAUGUCGCUGGGCGUCAUCAUCAGCACGCACAGCCUCGUCCUGCAAAAGGUGACCAGGUGGCACGGCGGCGACUACACCUGCCAGGCGGCGAAUCCCCGCGGCGAGACGAUGAGCCGGCCCGUCGCCCUGCGCGUCCGCUUUGCGCCCGUGUGUCGGGACAACGAGAUGAUCAUCAUCGGGGCAUCACUGGACGAAAGCCUCAAGGUGCGUUGCCAUGUGGCGGCUGAUCCCAGCGAUGUGACGUUUGUAUGGCAGUUCAACAACAGCGGCGAGAGUUUCGAUGUUUCGCCGGCCAGAUUCGCCACAACAAGUGGUAACAUCAGCGAGUUGAUGUACACGCCUGCAUCGCAGCGUGACUACGGCACGUUGACAUGCUGGGGGCGAAAUUCAAUCGGCAGACAAAGCGAGCCUUGUGUGUUCCAAGUUGUUCCCGCUUCAAAGCCGAGUCCGCUGAGCAACUGCACGCUUCGCGCGGCGACUAAUCACAGCGGCGGCGAUGCGUUGGAGGUGGAGUGCCGCGCCGGCUACGAUGGCGGCCUGCCACAACGCUUCGUGCUAGAGGCCUACGACCCGUACACGAUGCGAAUGCGUCUCAACCUUACCGCGAACGGCAAUACCGGCGGCGGUGACUAUCCUGUCUUCCGGCUGGAGCUGAGCGAGCUGCUCGUCGGGGACGGCUUGCCGCCCACGUUGCGCAUCGUCGUGUACGCGCAGAACGCCAAAGGGCGCAGCGAGAAGAUCAUGUUGGACGACAUCACGCUCAACGACGCUGAGAAACGCACAGAUGGUUCAUCAAACAUAAGUAUACUGCCAAUUGCAGCCCUGUUGACCGGCUCUUUGUUGACGAUUGGCAUUGCGGUCUUGCUCGUCAUUGUCCUGGCGGUACGCCGCCGUCAUCGCCAUUGCGCCGGCAACCACUGCAAUCAUCAACUCGACCCGUCCAAGCAGCCGAAGAUAACACCACAAACGUCGCGGCCAGGUUCCAUGCUGGAGAUCAACACCGGGGACCAUCGCUAUGUGGUGGCGUACACGCUCAAACCCGUGGCGGACUGCAUGGGACAGGCGCAGAUCACAUCAGUUGAUCACCAGCCUGAUAUUUUGAAUACACCAAGAAGUGCAGAUACAACAACUCCUCCCAAUGCAGGAGGACCUCUACCACGACCCGAUGCACUCUUCACUCCUCCCGGGGACCAUGCCAGGCAUAGUCCAGCAUUUGCUAAUUUUGGUCAUUCAGAUAUGCACGCCUCACCGGAAGUGUGCGCUCCACAGACGAUGAAUUCAAUGGCGACAACGUUGGGUCGAUCACGACCACGACCGCCCCGCGAUGUGCCCUUCAAUUCGUUCGCUACGAUGCGUCGAGAUCACAUCAUAGCAGAUUCGAUACCCGGCCCUGAAAGCUGCGUGUAAUGCUCCUCGAUCUUGAUGCUCUUCUUCCGCAAAUCUCCAGACUUGGAACAGACUACGAGCAAACCAUUCACAAUAAAAUUCCACUUAGUCUCGACUUGUUUUUAACCUAAUGGCCUGUGAUACAGGAGUGUAGAUGCCAAGUGAUGUAACGGAAUGAACAUUGACUAAAACUAGUGAAGAGAGAAGUAAAAUAAGCUCACAGUUAUUAAGCAAACGAAUAAUACAAUCAAGGACACGAGCUUAAUCAGUAAGAGUUGUUAUUAUGACAAUUUGUUACUUAGAUGAAAUUGGUUUCCUUUGGUUUGACUAUUCCAUGCGCUUUGUUGUGCUGACAAGUAAACCAUUACAAAACGACUAAAUUGUGAAUUGAAUUGGAUUCAAUUCAGGUGAAAAUUGAAACUCAACGAAAUGUUAAGUGUAACCUAUAGAUGAAUUAUUAUUGAGUACGUUAUCUUAUCGAAUAGGCCUAUGUAUAAAUAUUUAGUUCUGCCGUUGAUUUAUUAUACGAAUAAUGGAACGACGAAUGUGUCUUACAAUACAAAUUUAUUCCGGUCUAAUUACCUAUGGUACAUAUAGAAAUUGCGAACUAACAAAGCUAUUAUUCCGUUUCGAAUCAAAAUGCAAAAAUACCUAAUCUAAUUGUAAGCCAAUUAUGCGAACAAAAACGACACAAAAUUUACCUAGGAAAUGUGCGAAGUUGUGCUAGAUAGAUUUUCGAUACUUUUCUAAAUAAAAACAAAAACAGAGUAUAAUCAUUUGAUUGUAAACAUGUCGCAUAAUGGAAAUUUAUUGUUUGUUGAAAAUCUAACUAGGUCAGUACUCUUUGAACGGCAAUGCGUAUGUUUGUUUCUUUGGAAAUGCAUUAAGACAGAAAUUGAUAUAAAUGAAUUAUUACUUAUAUUUGCAUGUAAAAACAAUAAAUUAAUGAUAAAGUAAUAACGUUGAUUGUAAAUAUGGGGAUAAUAAUAUUGUAUAAAUGUAAGGGCUUUAUUGCUGUGCAAUAACGCGACAUAUUUUAUAAAGCAAACAAAAGAUGUUAUGUACUAUACCAAUAAUGGAAAUGAUGUGAACGCGCCGACUAUACGUCGACGCUUGGAAGUCUGUUUGGUCCUGACGUACAAGAAUGAAUAAAUACAGAAUGAAUGCGAAAUCGUAAAAAGACCUAAAACAAUUGUAAUAUAACAAGCUUUGUCUUUGUAAAUAUAACUGAACCAAUUCAAAGUAUUAUAAUAAAUACGUGUCUGAAAAA